AAGUACGAAGUACGAAGUGAAGCAGGCCAGUAGUGAACGCUCUUCUAUAUGAAGGUAAUGUUUUCUUUCUUCACCAUAAUUUAGCACAAUUGAAAACCCUGCGUGGAUUGUGAGCCGUUUUAAGCGUUGUGUAAACCUAGAGCCUGUAGCAGAACGCGGAGGACGAAUGACUGAAUGAGAGGCUUAGACGGCGGCGUAGAGGCUUCACCUAUGGUAGUCCGGCUGCAGCCUCUGACGUCUUGUCCCAUAUCUUGAUUUUGGGAAAUUAGGGUAAAUAGUCGUCUUUAGAAUCGACGGACUGAAUACUUCUUUGAUAAAGUGACAAGGUUCCGGCUAUGAAGCGAAGAUCGAAAGUUUCAUUUCGUUUAACAAUCAAAACAAAUGCUACUUGUAAGAAUGCACGAGUUCCGUGAAGCACUCCAGGUUAUUGGAAGGCUAAAUUCUGGGCUUAUCAGAUCAAGCAGGUGGCUUCAUGCUUCUUGUUCAGGAACAGGUGAAAUUGAGCACAUUGUCAAAGUAAUUAAUGAACAUUGUUUUCCCGAUCAGCCAUUGCAGCCCACUCUUGAAAGAUAUAUCAAUCCCACAUCAUUGUCUCCAUCCUUUGUGAAUAAUGUCCUUGGCCGCUUAUUUGCAGCACACGCCAAUGGGCUUAAAGCUUGUGAAUUUUUCAAAUUUUGUCUUUUUCAUUCUGAAAAAAGCUCAACUCCAGAUGCGUUUGAGAAGACAAUUCAUAUACUGACCAGAAUGCGCUACUUUGAUAAAGCAUGGGAACUAAUGACAGAAAUCAAGGAGACACAUCCAUCACUCCUUACCCUUAAGUCUAUGAAUAUUAUGUUGUCAAGAAUAGCAAAAUCACAAUCCUAUGAAGGCACUCUUGAAGCUUUUGAGAGGUUGGAGAGAGAUAUUUUCGUCGGGAAAAAGUUCGGCACAGAAGAGUUCAAUGCACUCCUCCACGCAUUCUGCACUCAAAGGCAAAUGAAAGAAGCUAGAUCUGUAUUCAAUAAGCUUCAUUCCCGGUUUGCUCCAAACACUAAAACAAUGAACAUUCUGCUUUUAGGGUUCAAGGAGGCAGGAAAUGUAACAUCAGUGGAGCUGUUUUACCAUGAGAUGAUCCGAAGAGGCUUCAAGCCUAACUAUGUGACUUACAACAUCAGAAUUGAUGCUUACUGCAAGAAAGGUCGUCUGGGUGAUGCCCUGAGACUGCUGAAAGAGAUGGAAAGUGUUAAUAACUGCUUGCCAACAUUACAAACAAUGACAACUUUGAUAUAUGGGGCAGGGAUUGCUCGGAACAUAAGCAAAGCAAGAGAACUGUUUCAUGAAAUUCCCAAGAGAAACUUAACAAUAGAUGUUUGUGCUUAUAACGCUCUCUUGAGUUCACUUCUCAGGUCUCGGGAUAUCGAAGCUGCAAUUGAGUUAAUGGAGGAAAUGGACGAGAAGAAGAUCUGUCAUGACCAUUUAACCUAUCACACUAUGUUCUGGGGAUUGAUAAGGUUAAAAGAUGUUCACGGCGUAUAUGGACUGUAUAACAAGAUGACUGAACAGGGGUUCUUGCCUAAGACGCGGAGCGUUGUUAUGUUGAUAAAGUUUUUCUGCGAGAAUCAGAAUAUUGAUUUGGGACUAAGUUUUUGGAACUACUUGUUAGUGAAAGGGCAGUGUCCACAUAGUCAUGCGCUGGACCUUCUGGUUACUGCAUUAUGUUCCCAUGGAAGAGUUGAAGAGGCUUUGGAGUGUUCUAAGCAAAUGAUGGACAGAGGUAGACAUAUAAGUGGAUUGGUGUUCCAGAUGUUGAAGAGGAUUUUGUUGGAGUCGGGUGAAGAAGAGAAACUGCACAAGCUGGAGGAAAUGAUGAAGAAGCUGGAAAUUUUAUUACCACCUUCAAUUGUACUAUACAAGACUCACGUUCCUUGCUGCUAGGAUAAAUUGUUUAUUAUUUUGUGAUAUUUUCUUUAAUUUUAUGUGUAACAUUUUCCUUUAUGAUAUAGCACUUUUCAGCUCUUAAAACGAGUAAGAAUACAAGACCAUCAAAUUCACAUUUUCAUGUCAAAUUUACUUGACAUCAUCAUCAUCGUCCUCAUUACCCCACUGCUGCA